CUGUCGUUAAUGUUGAGCUAAUCGCGAACAAAAUCGGUUUGCAAGUGGGAGUAAUGGAAAAGGGGAAAAAAUUGUAAUACGUGAGGCCGCUGUAACGCUGCUAAUUGUGCAAACCAAAACCCCUAAAAGUGUCAUAAAACUGCAUUAUAUAGCAAAGGCUGCGAUAAUAUAAAACCAUUAAAAAAAUUGAGAGGCAUCGUGAAAUUAAAUCAGAGUCUGUGUGCUGCCCACGAACAACAACAAAUUGCCUGGUUUGCCAAGGUGUUUAAUACUUAUUUAUUUUUAAAACAUGCUACGCAUGACUAAUGAAACGGGUUGGCGUUAUUAAAAACGAUUAAAACCAAAAUACUCAGAAAACUAAAAAACGCAAAAUAAUCCCCAAGGCACACACACACACGCACGCACACAAGCAAAGUUUUGUGGUGGCGCCUAGGGUCCAACAACAACAACAACAAUAACGGCAAUUCAUCAUUUGUUAAUUGUCAACAAAGGCAUAUUUAUUAACGUUAAAUAAACACUAAAAAUAAGCAGCAGGCAGACCAGCAAGUAAUUAUGCUUGACCCUGGUCCAACAACAAUAGCCUCAUCUCCGAUUCCAUCGCAAGAGAAAGAGAGACGCAGCUAAACCACGCUGGGAGUUGCACCUCAAUCGUCGCCAGGCUUGGAAGCGUCCAGGGCAUCGUUAUCAUAAUACUCACAGAUUGAAGGCGUAAACCAGCAAAACGAAAAAAGGAAGCAACGAAAAACGAACAAGUGGAUUGAAGUCCAAACUGAAACUGAGACUUAGACUGACUGAGAUUUGCGAGAUUUGGCAAGAGCCCACCAUGGGAAAUCUACACAACACGCGCAUGCUGCGCUUUCUUUUAGUCCUAAUCGUGGUUAUCCUCACCAUUUUCAUCUACGCCUCGUACUCUACGACAGGCACCCUAACAACCAACCAUUUGCAUUCGGCGGCAUCGCCGCCCCAACAGCUAAUUGGCGGUCAUCCCGGACGCCUGCCAGUUGACCAAGUCCUUGUGGUCAAUAACACGGACAGGGAAUACGGCCAGGCAGCUGGGGCAGAAAGUGCGGCUAAGAUAACCAGCAAACAGUCACAACAGCAACAACAGCAGCCGGCAGAGAUCCACAAGAAGCAUCCGCAGCACCGGCUGCCCACCAUCGAUGAGGAUGCUCUGCUCGAUGGCGGCUCUGCAGGCGCCAGUCCCCAGGUGGGUGUAGCUGAGCAGACGUCCAAUGUCAUGGCGGAUGAGCUGCUGGAAGAGCAGCAGUAUGGCCAAAGCGUUGAUGGCAUCACAGGGAACAUCAACAGCAGCACCAACAACAAUAAUAGCAGCUCAGGCGAUACGGUGGUUGUCAAACAAUCGAUUCCUGCGCAAUCACCACAACAAACCCAGUCGCAAGCGCAGCCAGGGCUAUCCGAUGCGGAGCUUCUUAUACCCACUUCCAAUUUGCAGAAAUUUAUUGAGAAUGCCGAUAAGAUACUAAAAAACAUCACCUCAAACAGUAGCACGGGCAAUGGAAUUGCUGUCCCCGCCACCGGAACAGACCCAAACACUGAUAAAGUCAAUCAACCGGAUGUGGCACAACUCAAUUUAGUGGACGGACCGUUGGAGGGCUCAGACGCUGACUCUGAGAAACGGGAACUUGAAUCCAAGGUGAUCCAGGAGAUUAAGGAAGCGAAAAAAGAUGCAGCUCCUCCACCGAAGUCCCCUAGACCACCCGUGCCCAUUGCAAAAACGACAAAGGGCAAGAGCGUGCCAAAUGUGGCGCCAAAUGUCCCAGUGGAUCCGUCAAAGGGAGUGGCCACCGAGAAGCUCUAUGAGCCUGGCCAUCUGGACGAGGAAAUCGAUGCUGGUCGCAUUUGUCCGAAAGGCGGAGAAUUCAUAAAGCUUCUGGUUCUUAUUAGCUCUGCAAUGUCUCAUGAUGCGGCCAGGAUGUCCAUCCGGCAGACGUGGAUGCACUACGGGAGCAGAAGGGACGUGGGCAUGGCAUUUGUUUUGGGACGUGGGACCAAUGAAACCCUUAACAAGGCACUCACCCAGGAGAAUUUCAUUUACGGGGAUCUGAUACGUGGCAAUUUCAUUGACUCGUACAACAACCUUACACUAAAGACGAUAUCGACGUUGGAGUGGGCGGAUCUGCACUGCCCGAAAGCAAAGUACAUUCUCAAGACGGACGACGACAUGUUUAUCAAUGUCCCCAAGCUUCUGAACUUCCUCGACAAGCAUAAGGACAAGCGAACCAUAUAUGGUCGCCUAGCCAAGAAAUGGAAGCCCAUCCGCAACAAGAAGUCGAAAUACUAUGUGGCUGUGGAUCAGUUCGCAGCGGGCGUGUUUCCUUCCUUCACCACUGGUCCUGCCUACGUUCUCACCGGAGACAUUGUGCACGAGCUUUACGUACGAUCGCUGAAGACCGUGUAUCUUAAGCUGGAGGACGUGUUCACCACGGGCAUAGUUGCCAAGAGCCUGAAUAUCAAGCGGGUGCAGGCAAACGAGUUCGUCAACCGACGCAUCUCAUUCAAUCCAUGCAACAUUCGUAACGCGAUCAGCGUGCACAUGAUCAAGUCGAACGAGCAAUUCGAUCUGUGGAAAAAACUGCUGGACCAGACCACCAAAUGUAAAUAGUAUUUUAGGUUUAGAGUUUAAUCUGCCGGUUUAAACAAUCCAGUGUAAGAAGGGUGGUCUUUCGAGGAGAGCAAAUAUAUGUAAUAGAGAGAAUGAUUAGCAAGGGCAGCUAUAGGAUUAUUAAAUUAGCCUAGUCUCUAAGUCCUAGAAAUAUCACAAAUUUCGUUGUCGAUCCCUGCAUCUGCCUAUAUGCAUGCGGCUCAACAGCGAUCCGAGUACAUUUUAAAAAGAUUUGUAGUUUAAUUUUAGCAUUCUGAAUGCCAUUAUUUAAAUGAUAAUUACUGAGCGAUAACUGUGGUUAUAUCUUAACACGAAAUAAAUUAAUGUAUAUCGAGAGAAUCAAAAAA